AUGUCGGAACUUGUUGUGGUCACCUGCGCCUCCGGCAAGCAGUGCGGCCAGCUCAUUCCCAUUCUCUACCUCGACCCAAGGUACAAGCUUAGGCUGGUCGUGCACUCCGAGACAUCUCUUGAUCGUUUAAAGACCAAAUACCCCGAAGCCGAAGUCAUACGAGCUGAGUUCGGCUCAACUAAGGAUUGUGCUAGGAUCCUCGACGGCGCAACGACGCUAUAUUAUAUCAGCCCGACGUUCAGUCAGCAGGAGACGUAUUUCGGAUUCAAUGUGGUCGACGCUGCGUUGGCCGAGUCACGAAAGGCCGGAUCGAGAUUUGCCCAUUUCGUUUUCUCGUCGGUGCUUCAUCCAGAAAUCACAAAAUUGCUCCAUCACGACAGAAAGCGAUACAUCGAAGAAUACCUAACAGAGUCGAUGUUGCCUUACACAAUACUGCAACCCAGCCACUUCACCGACAACGCCAUGGCGCACCUCGUCGCUCAAAAGGACUCGGAUCGCGUGGUGUUUCACGCCGCACAUAGCCCCGAAGUGGCCUUCUCCUUCACGACGCUGAAGGACUACGCCGAGGCGAGUGCGAAAGUGAUCCAGGAGCGCGAGAGGCAUUUGUACGCCACCUACCAACUCGUGAGUACGCUGCCGAUGAGAUACACUGAGUACGUCAGGAGCGUUGGUGAAGCCAUUGGUAGAGAAAUCGAGAUUGAGCGCGUGUCGUUCGACCAAAGCGUCGGUAUCAUACUAGAGCGUGUUAAUGGGAAAAAUGCCGACAUCGAACAAACCGUGAAAGACGGGCCGGAGCAUCUGGUGUUGUACUACAAUGCUAGGGGGCUAUACAGCAACCCAAACAUCUUGGAAUGGUUGAUAGGGAGGAAGGCGACCACGCCGGCCCAACUGGCGAGGGAGACGAUAGAAGCUUCCAGGAUGCAGUAA